ACUGUUCAACAGCCCGGGAGGAAACAUCACGUGGUGACACAUUUCUACCACUGACGUCAUUGUCCUCAUCUCCAAGCAACCCCCCCACCGGCACUGACGUCACCGCGAGCCGAGCCGAGCGGUUGCCCGGCAACCCGUGCCUCGCGCUCGAGCCCGGCCCUGCCGCUCCGCUCGACGCUCUGACGCGCGGGUGACGUCAAUAGUGCAGGAGGAGGAGUUCCCCUCGCGCUGUCUGUGGACUCCAGUGCAUUCCAGCGGAGCGCCGAGCAGCACGAGGGACCCAAGCCGAGUCACGAGCAUCUUACGGCUCGCUACCGCAGACCACCACUUCACAGACCACCGCUCCAAAGACCCCCAACCGCUCCAAAUACCCCCAACCGCUCCAAAUACCACCACUCUACAGACCACCGCUCCGAAGACCUCUCUCCCCGUGGGGUCAAAGAAAACCAAAGUGCUGCUGCGUCCGUUUGUUAAACAUUACUUUCCUUCAGUGCACCUUCUGUUUGUGGAAUGACUGCGUUGGCCCGUGAGACCUGUGUGGACUGUGAGACCCGUGAGAGGAGCUGCCUGCCGGACGCUUGCUAAGGUUCUAAGGUGGUGCUGACCUCCACCCGACACCAUGGUGGUGCAGACGGAGAACAGCCCUGCGGCUCCGCCCGGCGCCGCCCACGGAAGACCCCUCCAGGUGGGCUUCUACGAGAUCCUCCGCACCCUGGGCAAGGGGAACUUCGCUGUGGUCAAACUGGCCCGCCACAAAGUGACCAAGACCCAGGUAGCCAUCAAGAUCAUAGACAAGACACGGCUGGACCCCCAAAACCUGGAGAAGAUCUACAGGGAGGUGCAGAUCAUGAAGCUGCUGCACCACCCGCACAUCAUCAAACUCUACCAGGUCAUGGAGACCAAAGACAUGUUGUACAUCGUAACAGAAUAUGCCAAAAACGGAGAGAUGUUCGACCAUCUGACCUCCAGCGGCCGCAUGAGUGAAGACGAGGCACGCAGGAAGUUCUGGCAGAUCCUGACGGCGGUGGACUAUUGCCACCGGCGCCACAUCGUCCACCGCGACCUCAAGACGGAGAACCUGCUGCUGGACGCCAACAUGAACAUCAAGCUAGCUGACUUUGGAUUCGGGAACUUCUACAACGCGGGCGAGCCGCUGGCCACGUGGUGCGGCAGUCCGCCCUACGCCGCGCCUGAGGUGUUCGAGGGAAAGGAGUAUGAAGGCCCUCAGCUGGACAUCUGGAGCCUCGGGGUGGUCCUCUACGUCCUGGUGUGCGGCUCCCUUCCCUUCGACGGCCACAGCCUCCCUGUGCUCCGGCAGAGGGUCACAGAGGGACGCUUCAGGAUCCCUUUCUUCAUGUCGGAAGACUGCGAGAGCCUCAUCCGUAAGAUGCUGGUGGUGGACCCGGCCAGGAGAAUCAGCGUGGCCCAGAUCAAGCAGCACCGCUGGAUGAUGGCGGACCCGGCCGCCCCCCUGCAGACCCUGGGCCAUUCCUUGACGGAGUACAGCUCCAACCUGGGGGACUACAGCGAGCCGGUGCUGGGCAUCAUGAACGGCCUGGGCAUCGACCGCCAGAGGACCAUCGAGUCCCUACAGAGCAGCAGCUACAAUCACUUCUCCGCCAUCUACUACCUGCUGCUGGAGCGGGUCCGGGAGCACCGGGCCCAGCAGCUCAGCCGCCAGACCUGGACCCAGAGACCCAGGAGCACCUCCGAUACAAGCGCCCCAGAGCUGAUUAUGGACCCCAGUGAAGGCUUCAGAAACACACCAUUUUCCAUUCCGACCACCGCGUGUGGCCAUCCUGUUUACCCCGAAAUGGAGUGCGACCAAGGGGGAUUGUUCCAGCGAGUGGUGUUUCCAGUGGAGGCCAGCCUGAACCGGCUGCUGUGGAACCGCUCCAUCUCCCCCACCAGCCUGCUGGAGACCAGCAUCAGCGAGGAGGUGAGGCCGCAUGACCUGGAGGACGAGGAGGAGGCUGGCCGGUCCCCCGGACCCAUGGGCCUCCCCACCACCGCCUCCCGGAGACACACGCUGGCCGAGGUGUCCGCUGGCUUCCAUCAAUGCAGCCCACCUUGCAUCGUGGUCAGUCCUUCAGAGGGUGCCUCUUCUGACGGCUGUUUGAGGUCCUCGUCCAGCCAGCAUCCCUCUAUGCAGGCCUUCAGCGGGACUGAGCGUGGAGGCCUGCUCCCUCCAGGAUCCUCUCUGGCCCUCUCCGCCCACCUCCUGCCCCAGACGCAGGGCUGCCUCCCUGCCGCCAGCUUCCAGGAAGGCCGGAGAGCCUCCGACACAUCCCUCCCACAAGGACUCAAAGCGUUCCGGCAGCAACUGAGGAAGAACACUCGCACAAAAGCGCUCUUGGGAUUAAACAAGAUCAAAGGUCUGACGAGGCAGGCUGCCCCGCCUCCUUCCUGUAACCGUGGCAGCCGUGGGUCACUGGGUCCGACCCUCUCAGAGCAUCGCAGCAUGCUCGAGGAAGUGCUGCAUCAGCAGAGGAUGCUGCAGAUUCAACACCAGCCAAAAACCCAGGCCCUUCAAGGACCAUCCUCCCAGAAUCCCCGGCUGUUCCUGACUCAGCAGACCUCGCCGUCCCCUCCCCCAGCCACUUUGUUUGCCUCUUCAGCUUCCUCACACCUCCAGAGCGACCCACAGUACGCCCUGCCUCCAUGCUCUCUGCCUCCGUGCUCUCUGCCUCAGUGCUCCCUGCCUCAGUGCUCCCUGGCUCAGUGCUCCCUGGUUCAGUGCUCCCUGGCUCAGUGCUCCCUGGCUCAGUGCUCCCUGGCUCAGUGCUCCCUGCCUCAGUGCUCCCUGCCUCAGUGUGCCAUGCCUCAGGGCUCCCAGCCUCCUCAGACGGCUCCGGUUGUGCCAGUGUGCAGCCCCUGGCAGCAGCCCCUCAAUCCACCUUCACAGUCCAGCUCCUGCUCCUCAUCGUGCCCCUGCUACCCGUCCAGUGUCUCCCCGGUGGCCUCUGCUGCCGACCUCCUGGAGGCCCACCUGCACAUCAGCCAGCCGCCCCACAUCAGCCACCCCUCCAGCCACCCCUCCAGCCUCCAACUACAGCACCUGCCCCAGGACUUGGGGAUCGGCGGUCCCCUUGUGCUCCCGUCUGGUCCAACGGCCUGGGACCUGGGCUGCCUCAGCGGGGACAACGAAGACGUGCAGGAGCCCGGUCUGGUUGGACAGCCGCAGCUGAGCAGCUGUGUGAUGGUGAAGUGAAAACAUGAGCAAUCCCUCAGACCAAUCAUGUGCUCGCUAACUAUCCUACUGGUGGAAAGGUGUCCGGAGAAAAGGCUGGAGUGGAGGCAGGCAGUGGACUAAAGUUCAAACAACAUGAAGCAAGCAACAUGUUUACAUUUUGUUUUGAAGAUAGGAUGCACAAAUGCGUCUUCUUCACAGAUCUACGGAUAUUGGUCUCUCGUGUGGAUGUGGAUGUCUCUACUUUGGGUAUAAUAUAGACUGAAGUCUAAGCAAUAACCAAACUCUGGAAGGCUUUGAAUUUUUACAAGAUGACCAGAGAAGCAAUAACAAAGUUGGGCUGGAAGUACUCCUCAAAAGACCCUGAGCCAAACUUCCAAAGGGCACACAGACAAAGCCCUCCAUCGCACAGAACCCCCCGAGACGGAUCAAACCAGGGUUCAGGUGUUACAGUUCCUUAUAAGGUAUGCUCCUGAGACCAUGUUUCAUCAAUGUUCUUUGAGGAUACCAUUCUCCUCUGCUUCUCUUCUAGGUAACGCUUUGACUUUGAUUUUGAGAGCACCGCGUUGUUUUCCACUGUGCUUGAGGGAAGAUCUUCCCAGUCUUUAUUCUGUCAGGAUUUCCGACCUCGUUGCGUCCAUCCCUGGCAGCGGGGUUAUGAGCGUGAUGCGUCACACCGCUUUCCCGGACCUUCUGCUCAAGGUCCUGACUUGGUAUUGAAACUGUGAUAAUGUUGGCUUCUUUCCGAGUUCUGCCCGAGCUUACGCUCACCUGAAUUUAAAUUGACGACAAGGUGUGGAUGAAAGAUGGGCGAAGGACAUAUUAUAUAGGCUGAUGUAUAUCUCAAUGACGUCAGCACAACAGGUUUGUUCAGUCAGCUUGCUGGCGUCUGAUCAUACUGACUUAAAAUGUAAUUACUACCUCCAUAGCUCACCAUGUUCGAAACGGGAUUUGAUUUGUUAACCUGUCCUCUAAACUCCUGAGUCCCAGAGGUAAUGCUGUCUUAUCUGUCUGGCUUAAUUUUUAUCAAUAACGGAACAAAGAUCACAGUAUUUCAUUGUGAAAUAUGAAGGAAAGUGAGGCGAUGGAUAUUCAUAGGAUGGCCAAUAUGCAUUCUCUGCACUAUUGUUACUUGUCUUUUUAUACGGCUGGUACCAAUUAAAUGAGCUUAUAACACAAUACUGUAGAAUUGGACAAAGACGUGGUGUUAAACGCUCUUUCUCCAACUGACAGGCUUUCAGGAUUUCCUCUUCUCUAUUAUGUAGUGCUGCAAGGCAUAAUUUGGUUCGAAACCAAAGUCUGAGAAUCUCAACAAAGGUGUACUCUAACACGUGCACACUACUGAUUUUCCUCUGCUAUGUCCCCAAACAUAGCAUGCUGGUAACUACUAGCACUCCAGCGUUAUCCCUUUGGCUUUUUCUAUGUGAAAGCUUCCUCUGCCUCCAGUCGCUGAAGCUACUCUGUGCUGUAACAUCCCUAAGCUGUUGUUAGAAUUAUCGUGGUAUCCAUUUUGUACUUUUCAACAAAAAAAUAAGUACCAGAAAUAAUAGGAUAAAUAUGUGUGUAUACAGCAAUACAAUUUAUUUGCUGGAAACUGAUUAUCUUGAACUGUCUGUAGCCUCUGUGGUUCAAGGUCACUAGAACUUGUUUAGCGCAACAAAAACUGUUUUAGAUGUUCUAUGCUGUCUGUUCAGAGCGUGAAUUAGCUAACUAAGCUACGUCAGCUAUGCUAACCACACAUUGUUCGGUUGGUUAGCCACAUAUCUGUGUGUAUCUGGUGAUGAAGAACAGUUAAAUUUUCUUCAGAAACAAGCAGUGUUGAUAUAUUACUGUAGACGGCACUCACCAACAAAGCGUGUGCCUUGCUCGUGAACAAACCCCGCGACACGAGCAACCCCAAAGCGAGGAGAAGCCCGACUCCGGACCAUCCGCUCCUCCUGAUGUUCUCCUACCUGACAGAAGAAACACACGUCGCACUUUAUACCUUUUGUUACGUCAAGGUUUGGUUUUCUCCCAACUUCACAUUGAAACACUAAAGACUGAAACCUGGAAGAGAACCCUUUUCAACAAACUUUAAAUAGGAACUGUAACGUUAGUUCAAUCCUCACAAUUUGUAAGAUUGUAUAUUUGUGUGUGUGUGUGUGUGUGUGAGAGAGUAGGAAUGUAGGAGUUCCCAAGAACGUUUUUUAUUUUAUUUAUGUGAUAAUAGAAUUGCAUAUUUAUUUGAAUAAAGAUCAUUUAUUAGAAA